AUGGCCCGCACCUCUUCUCGCCAGGCUGCUCAGAAGGCCAAAGAAGCCAUCUCGACAACAAGUGAAACGGGUGGCAAAGCGAGAGCGGGCGCAAAACGAAAAUCCACGGAGCAAAAGGUACCCGCGCCCAAGAAAGAGAAGAAAGAAGUAAAGCCACAUGAAGAAAAGGAGGUGAAGGUGGAAAAAAGGCCAGAGAAGAAGCUUGAACAGCCACAAGAACCAGAGAAAGGGCAGAAAGAGGAACAGCCACUGCAACCAGAUGAAGAGAGAGGGCCAGAUACGGAGGUUGACGGUGUUCCAGCCAAAACUCCCAAGGAGGAAGAGGAAGCUUCUCCUGCUUCUGGUAUCCGCAAGUCCGAAGAACGAGAAGACAAAGUCUCUUCCAAUGUUCUAGAAAAGGGAAUCAUUUACUUCUUCUUCCGGCCACGCGUCAACAUCGAGGACCCCCAAGGAGUGGAAGACGUUGCUCGCAGCUUCUUCGUUCUGCGUCCAACACCGCUAGGUGCGGAGCUCGAUUCAGGACAAGGGCCAGUAGACAAAGAUGCCCGAUGUCGUUUAUUGAUGCUCCCGAAGAAGAAGUUUCCCACAUCGGGUAGGGAGCGAGACAUGGGAUUCGUGGAAAAGGCCAACCAGUCGAUGAAAGAUCUACAGGAGAAAUUCAUCGCCGGUUCCACAUAUCAAACCUCUACUCGUGGCGAGCGCCAUAUUGAAGAGGCUCGUCCGUACGCGGAGGGAGUCUAUGCACUUACAUCGACUCGACGGGCAACUCAUCUAGCUUACGUGUUGACUAUUCCUCACGAAAUUGGAGAAAUCCAAGAGAACUUUGGACUACAUCAGCGUGGGAGCUUCAUCGUCCAAUCCAAGAAUCCGAAGUUUCCCGGUCCGUCAUUUGCGAGGUUGCCAAAGGAACCUGAAUAUCCCGAGUCUGUUAUGGAGAAGUUUGAUGAUCUUCGAUGGGUGCCUCUACAACCCGAGUUCAUAGAGUACCCCAAUGCUCAAUUCUUAAUGAUCGGCGAGGCGCAGGACUCUUUGGGCAAAGCCGCUACGGCCGAGGGUGGAAAGAAGGCACACGAGAUAGAACCAGGAGAGGAGCUGGAGAAAAUGGAACAUGAAAAUGAGGAUCGGGUACACGCACUAGAGGGCGAUUCAACUAUCUUCCGGGAUCUUGGCUUGGAUGCGAAGAAGUAUGCCGCCGUGCCAACGACUUGGGGUGCUGAGGAGACUACUACUUGA